UCGUUCGAAUAUAUGACAUAUACAGUACAAUAUAUAUUUAAAUGUGGAUCUAUAUACAAUAUUUUUCAUAUAUUUAAUAUAUUCUAAGCUUAAUGCGAGAUUUCGAUAUUUCAUGUUGAAGAGAACCAGGGCAGUCAUCCUUGAUUCUAAGAAUAGCUGGCGUUGUGUGAUAGCAAUAAACAGAGCCAGAGCUAUUCACUUGUCGCCAGUCUCCAGCACAGAGGCGGAAUCCAGUUCCUGGGAAUCGGAGGAAAUCAAUGAAGAAAUCGGCGGAAUUCCGCGACACCCUGUAGGUCUCCUGUUUUAUAUGGACAGUGAAUUUCAUAGGUUACAAAUUGAGGUUGCUGUGGAAUCAACUGUAAACCAAUAGCUAUGACGAUUGACCACGGGACUUCGUGAUAGUGUGCAAGCAAUGGAUGUACCCUAUUGGAAUUGGGAUGCUUUUAAGUUUUCAAUGAAAUGUGGAUAUUUUUCUCAACAAGUAGGCAGAAUGAGUGAAAAAGGAGUUACUGCUAGCUCUCUGUCAAUUCCGGCGUAAAGGGGGUAUUUUUGGGAUACCUGUUAGGUGUAGGAACAUCUUGGAAAGAUGGAGACUGAUCAAAAUCUCUCAAGUUCUGGAGAUAUUUAUUCACAAAGUGUUUUAUCGGAUAUUAUGUUCACAGGGAAGAAAUUUAUGAAUUAUUCUUUACCUAUCGGUUUUGGUUCACCAGGACUCGCACUGAAGUUCACUAGAAACGAAUCACACCCGGAAGACCUCGGCAGUGUUUCGAUCUCCCCGGGAACUAUCGUAGGACUCUCACUGCUGUUCUUUGUGAUAUGUGUGGUGGGCAUUUGCGGGAAUUCCUUCGUGGUUUGUGCCGUAAUUUGUAAUAAAAAGAUGAGAACUUCUAUGACAAAUUUACUGAUUACAAACUUGGCGUUUGCAGAUCUUCUCAUCAUGGUGUUUGGGAUCCCAGAGACCAUCUUGUUUAUGUUAGACCAAGGGUGGCUGUUCAACAGAACUGCCUGUAAAGUGAAUCGUUACGUCAUGGUGACGUCACUAUACGGGUCUGUUCUCACUCUGAUUGCGCUUUGUGUGGAAAGGUAUGUAGCCAUCAUCCACCCAAUAAAAGCCCACAUCGUCUGCAACAAGAGACGGAUCGUGUUCGUGUUGGGCUGUAUCUGGCCGUGCGCAUGCCUGGCCGGUCUCCCCACCCUCCUGUUUAAUGAAGUCGUGCAGGGCGACCCCACACUCCCCGUCUUCUACUGUAUGAUCAUAUUCCCCGAUGACCACAUGUUCUAUUUUGUGAUCUUCAAAUACAUAGAAUCCGCCUUGUUCUACUUCUUACCUCUUGUGAUUCAAGUGACACUGUACGUAUUUGUGACGAAACAUUUGUUCGUGGGUUCUGAACGGCUGCAUCGGCGAGUGACGAUCCGAUUGGUCAACGGUUCGUCUCUGGAGCGCUUUUCCGAGGCCCUACAAGCGAGAAGGGGCGUGGUCAAAAUGUUGAUUUCCAGCGUAGUGGUUUAUUUCUUGAGUUAUCUUCCUCAUCAGGUCCUUCUCAUCUCCAACACGAUAUCCCCGCAGACAUUUCACAAGAACUUCGCCUUUCAGGUGUUUGUGAUGAUUGUUGCCAACGUCAACUCAGCAGCCAACCCGGUUCUUUACUCAAUAUUCAGCCAAAACUUCAGACAGUGUUUUAAGUUCAUUAUCUGUAGAUGUUGUCGGACUAAGCAUCAUCAUCAUCAUCAUCAGAUGAAACCUCCUAGACAACCGACAUUGACCUCUAACACGUCACGUAUUUGGCGCCAUGCUAGUUACGCAUCCGCUACAACUGAAAUGUAACAAAAAGUUUGAAUUUAUUUAAUACAAUUAUGUCUUUAACUUUGUUAUUCCAACUUUUUUUUGCUUCUUAGAAUUUUAUGCUUGUUGCAAUAAAACAAUUA